UUAUGCGGGCUCACUCCUGUCCCUCUCUCUCUCUCUCUCUCUCUCUCUCACUCACCAACAACCCAACCCCCAGCUCUCUCUCUCUACAAGCAGUCAGUCAAGCAUAGCUUCCUCAAAAGCAGACUUCUUUCCCACUCCCUCUCUCUCCUCUCCUAAAACCCCCACAGCUCUCUCGAUCCCUUCGCUUUUCUCCACUCCAUCUGUCAGACCCUCCCCUCCCAAGCCCAACUCCCUUCCCCACUACGCAACCCUCCCGUUUCCUUCCAUCCCCACAUCUCUCUCUCUCUCUCUCUCUCUCUCUCUCUCUCUCUAUGUACUCACCCCCCAACCUCCCCCCGCCUCCUCGCCGCACCCAGUAGUAGCCCAAAUGCAUCCCGCCGCACCCCCACCCCAAACACUCGACCAAAUCACCCACCUCCUAACCCACCUCCUCACCGCCUCCCACUCCGUCAAAACCUUCACCUCCCGCUGGCAAACCAUCCGCUCCAAACUCGCCUACCUCACCUCCUCCCUCUCUGCCCUCUCCGACUCCCCUCACUGGUCCGACAACCCCCUCCUCCAAACCCUCCUCCCCAACCUCCUCCAAACCCUCCUCCGCAUCCAAUCCCUCUCCCACCAAUGCUCCGACCCCGAGCACCCCCCCGUCGGAAAACUCCUCAUGCAGAGCGACCUCGACAUGGCCGCCAACUGGCUUUCCAAGCAGUCCCAAGACAUCGACCUCCUCCUCAGAUCCGGCGUCCUCCGCCAGUCCAACGCCAUCGUCCUCUCCCAACCUCCCCCCGGCUCAGACAAGGAAGACCUGGGGUUCUUCGUCCGGGACCUCUUCACUAGGUUACAGAUCGGCGGCGUCGAGUUUAAGAAGAAAGCCAUGGAAUCUCUCCUCCAGCUUCUGGAAAACGAGGAGAAAGCCGCGGCCGUGGUUUCCAAGGAAGGCAACGUUUCUUACUUGAUUCAUUUGCUAGAUCUUAACGCUCAUUCUUCGAUUCGUGAACAAGCGAUCACCGCCGUGUCGGUGCUGGCCUCGGCGAGCGAGCAGUCGAGGAAGUGCGUGUUCGAGGAGGGAGGGUUGGGGCCGUUGUUGAGAAUCAUCGAGUCCGGUUCGAUGGGGUUGAAGGAAAAGGCUGCGAUGGCGGUCGAGGCCAUCACGACCGACGUCGAUAACGCCUGGGCCAUUACCGCGUACGGCGGCGUUUCGGUUUUACUCGAAGCGUGUCGAUCCGGGUCGUUGACGCUGCAGGAGCAUUCCGUGGGGGCCUUGAGAAACGUCGCGAUUGUGGAGGACGUCAGGAGCGCUUUGGGCGAGGAAGGGGCUGUGCCUGUUGUGGUCCCGUUGCUGGUUAACGGCACCGUUAAGGCGAGGGAAAAGACGGCAAAUUUGAUUGCAAUACUCGCGGCAUCCGGCGAGUUUUUUCGGGUUCUGAUUUUACAGGAACGUGGAUUGCAGGGGCUCCUCCUUCUGCUCCACGAAUCGUCUUGUUCGGACACGAUAGAGCACGCCUUGCGGGCGAUCCACUCGCUCUCUGCCUCCGAUUCGACUACCCGAACGCUAUCCGUAUCCACCUCGUUCAUAAUCCAAAUUGCAGAGCUUAUAAAGCACGGGACUAUACUUCUGCAGCAAAUCUGCGCUUCGAUACUCGCGACGCUGUGCAUGAGCGACGGGAACAAGCGAGCGAUUGCGAGUUGCAUGCCGGCUCUGGUGAAGCUGAUGGAGUCGCCAAAGCCGGACGGGCUGCAGGAGGUGGCGGCGAAGGCGCUGGUUUCGCUGCUGACGGUGCGGUCAAAUCGGAAGGAGUUGGUGAGAGACGAGAAGAGCGUGAUGAGGCUGGCGCAGAUGCUGGAUCCGAAGUACGAGGCGGUGUCGAAGAAGUUCCCGGUGGCGGUGGUGGCGGCUGUGAUGGCGGGAGGGAGCAAGGGGUGCCGGAAGAGGCUGGUGGCGGCCGGCGCCUACGCGCACGUGCAGAAGCUGGCGGAGAUGGAGGUUGCCGGGGCGAAGAAGGCGGCGCAGAGACUCUCCGGCAACCGGCUGAAGGUCAUAUUCGGCAGGACGUGGAGGGAAUAACCGGGAAAGGAACUAACCCCCGCCAAAGUUAAGGAGGGAUUUCCUUUGGACUUUGCUAACCCGUUGGAGUGAAGGAAAGGGGAAAAAACCAUUUUCUCCGGACAAGCAUGCGACAAUCACACAUUUCUAUACCCCAGAUUUUACGUUACCCUAAACUUAUUAUAUAUAUAUUUGAUGGUCCUUUAUGGAAAAAAAAAAAAAAGAGAGAAGAAAAAUACUUUAAUUAUAAUGUGGAGGCAUGGAUGCGGUUUUUAAGGAGUAUCCUCGUUUUUCCUUCUUUUUUUAUUUAAUUUUUUUUAUUUCUCGAAAGUCAAUUGAUCGAGUCGUUGACUAUGUGAAGCUGUAAGAGAGAGUCUGAUGAUCUUUAAUUAUGUGUAUUUUUUUCAUUAUUUAUUUUCUUUAAACCAACAGCGUCGGUUGACGAUGUACAGUCUAGAAGUCGAUUUUUUUGUUCCCCAGGGGAAAAAAAAAAAGAGUCCUUGUUUUAUUGUAAUGGUGAAGUGAAGCUCUGGUUUUGAAGUGUGAGACUGUUUGUAUGCUUCUCUGAAUUGCAUCAGACUUUGAUAUUGUGGUGAUCGAGUAUUAUCUGAAUCUGCUGUAAUUCUCCAUUUGAUUGGUG